AUGAAGAAACAGCCGGAGUUGGCCCAAGUAUUGCGGGCGAAGAUCGAAGAUUAUCGUAAAAAGGGGUACAUCAGAAAACUGUCGGACGAAGAGCUGCAAGUUCCACAAGAACGAGUGUGGUACCUCCCGUUGUUUCCAGUGUUCAACCCGAAUAAACCUGGGAAGGUGAGAAUUGUGUGGGACGCGGCUGCAAAAACAAAUGGUGUAUCGCUGAACUCGAUGCUGCUGACAGGACCGGAUUUACUGACGCCUCUGGACUACGUGCUUUUCCGGUUCCGAGAGUUCCGCGUAGGACUUAGUGGUGAUGUGAAGGAGAUGUACUUGCAAAUGGCAAUGUCCAAGAAGGAUCAGCACUGCCUCAGGGUGUUAUGGUGUGAUGACGCAUCUGGAGAACCGAGCACCUACGUGACGCAGGUUAUGCCCUUCGGUACCUGUUGUUCGCCAAGUUGCGCGCAAUUCAUCAAAAAUCUCAACGCAAGCAAGUUCGAAGGGCAGUAUCCAGUGGCCGCGCAAGCCAUUAUCAAACAGCACUACGUGGACGAUAUGCUGGUGAGCGUCGAAUCUGAACAGGAGGCGAUCCAGUUAGCAAUGGAUGUGAAAUUCGUGCACGCCCAGGCUGGAUUCGACAUGCGAAACUGGAUUUCUAACUCCCCUGCAGUUAUGAAAGCCCUGAAGGAGAAUAACAACGACGAAAUCAGUCUAAACAUCGGAGCAGAACUGACGACCGAGAAGGUUUUAGGAAUGUGGUGGUGUACGGCUUCAGAUUCAUUCAUUUACAAACUUUCAGCGAAGCACGACCGGGAUUUGCUUGAUGGGAAUCGCACACCUACGAAGCGAGAGAUGCUCAGAACACUCAUGGCUGUUUUCGAUCCACUGGGAUUGAUAUCCAACGUGAUGAUCUACCUAAAAGUCCUAUUCCAGGAAGUAUGGCGAUCCGGAAUCGGCUGGGAUGAGGUGAUACCAGAACGUCUUAACGAAAAGUGGGAGAAAUGGCUGGAGAUCCUACCCAAGGUACAGACUAUCAGCAUACCUCGCUGUUACCGGUCUGCAACGCGGUUGGGCCCGCAAACGAACAUCCAGCUACACACGUUCGUCGACGCUAGCCUGUCGGGUUUCGCAGCGGUCGUCUACCUACGUUUCGAACAGGGCAGUACUGUGGAGUGUGCGAUAGUAGGUGCGAAGACACGAGUAGCUCCCAUAAAGUUUGUUUCAGUUCCAAAGCUGGAAUUACAGGCCGCAGUCGUUGGAGUUAGGCUAGCUGACAGAAUUACAAGGUCGCUGUCGUUCAACGUUCACCAGCGGUUCUUUUGGAGUGACUCGAGGGACGUCUUAUGCUGGAUCCGGUCAGACCAUCGCAGAUAUUCGCAAUUCGUUGCCUUCCGUGUCAGUGAAGUCUUGGAAACCACGGGAAUUACUGACUGGAGAUACAAGUGCUCGAAAGAGAACGUUGCUGACGAUGCUACAAAAUGGCAGGGGUUUCCCGAUCUCACCGAAGACAGCAGAUGGUUCAAAGGUCCAAAAUGCUUGUGGGAGCGCAGCGAUAGCUGGCCAUCAAAUCUAUACGAAGAUGAGCAUACCGAGGAAGAACUACGUGCAAACCUGUUUCAUCAUCGAGUUGAACCCGAACCAAUCAUCACUGUUCAAGACUACUCUCAAUGGGAGCGGUUGCUUCGCGCCACAGCCACAACAUUAAGAGCAGCGCAAAAGCUUCGCAGCACAACGCACGAACCAGAAGGCAGCAAAGGAUCUCUCACAGGCGAAGAAUUGAAACAGGCCGCCAACUAUCUGUACCGACUGGCUCAAACAGAAGGAUUUCCGGAUGAAAUGGGCAUUCUAAGGGCCAAGGUGGGCAACAAGGUGCUACCCAAAUCAAGCUCGAUCUACACACUCAAUCCGUUCCUGGACGAGCAACACAUACUAAGAAUGCACGGCCGAAUCAGUGCAUGUGAGUACGCUUCCAUGGAUGCUAAGAAUCCGAUUAUCCUUCCGAAGGACCAUCACGUCACAGGGCUGAUCGUACAAGACUAUCACGAGCGUUACCACCAUCAGAAUCACACCACCGUCGUGAAUGAGUUAAGGCAGACCUUCCGAAUUUCAAAGGUUAGGCGAUUGUUUCAACGAGUUAGAAGCAAGUGUCAGGUGUGCAAAAACCAAAGGGCUGUUCCUUGUCCUCCCCCAAUGGGCGAUCUUCCUGUGGCUAGGUUGGCGGCAUUCACUAGGCCAUUCUCAUACAUUGGCAUUGACUACUUUGGCCCAAUGUUAGUAGUUGCUGGACGUCGAACUGAAAAGCGAUGGGGUGUGCUUAUAACGUGCUUAACUAUACGGGCGGUACACAUAGAAAUCGCACAUUCCCUCGAUGCGAAUUCAUGUAUAAUGGCGUUGAGAAACUUUAUGGCAAGGAGAGGCGUACCAUUAAAGAUCUAUAGUGAUCGUGGGACUAACUUCAUUGCUUCAAAUAAAGAGCUUGGGAAGGCAAGCGUAGAAAUUAAAGCUGCACUGAAGGAGAUGAACCAGGAGCACGUCGUCCGAGAAAUCGUCAGUCCAAACACUGAAUGGUCAUUCCUUCCUCCAGCAUCUCCCCAUAUGGGUGGAGCCUGGGAAAGGCUUAUUCAGUCGGUGAAGAAGAACCUCAUGGCACUGAAACCAGGACGCCAUCCAACCGACGAGACACUCCGCAACAUGUUGAUGGAAGUUGAGAACAUCGUCAACUCACGUCCGCUAACGUACGUUCCAGUAGAAGACCCGGAAGCUCCAGUCCUGACACCGAACCAUUUUCUCGUGGGUUCAUCGAGUGGACUCAAACCAUACAGUGUCCUCAACGAUGAUUCGGUAGUUCUGCGGCGAGCAUGGUGUACGUCACAAGUCGAAGCAAACAUCUUUUGGCGGCGCUGGGUGCGAGACUAUCUGCCGGAGUUAACCAAGCGCUCGAAGUGGUUCUGCGAAGUCAAGCCGAUUGAGGUGAACGACAUCGUAGUCGUCGUCGAUCCAGGGCUUCCACGGAACUGUUGGCCCAAGGGACGGAUCAUUUCGGUUAAAACGGGCAAAGACGGACAGGUAAGAUCAGCUGCUGUACAGACACAAUCCGGGAUCUACGAGCGACCGGCGACAAGGCUCGCCGUUCUAGAUGUUCGACGCGAUGAACAGUAA